AUGGCAAUUUCGCCCCCUCCUUACCUAGGACCUGAAUUCCCUGGGGAAGCAAACCUCAAUACGACAGAAGACGUUGGUCGAUGGAGAAUGCAAACUCCGGUCGACGAACCUCGUGCUCCCACCAAGGGGUGCUCAAUUGACAUGAUUGCCUCCAAGAUUGACAGCUGCGCCAAGGCCAGAGUCUUUGCAAUCAUUGCCUUUAAUCUCCUCGUUUUCGACGGCCAGCUUUCCAAGGACCGCACCAACUGGGCAUGUCCAUUUGGACACUGCAAGCUGAAUUUUGUCGACCAACGUGACCUGAUGCAGCACGUCCUCGAUUGCCCUCAUUUCUCGAGGGACGGUGUUUUCUGCAACUGCUGUAUCAAGGACGACCGCUUCGAAGAGCACUGUCGACACGACCGCGCUGAGAGUAUCGCCUCUCACGGAACCGAGAAGAGCUCCUCCAAGAAGCGCAACCCGAUGCGCAAGUUCAGCAACAUCUUUUCUCGAAAUCGGACAGAGUCGAGAAGCUCUUCUGGAAGCUCUUCACGUCCUGUGAGCCCGGUUUCAACGCACCGCCGUUCAAGCAUUCUGUCGUUGAUGAUACCAACCCCGAGCUCCUCUGGUGACUCUCGCAGGGGAUCCUCCCCGAUUCCUGCAGAAUCGCCCCAAAAGACACUCGAAGCAGCAUCACCCGCGCAACAAGAGGGCUCCAGCGAGCUUCUUGGGUCUGAACCUCACACCGUUGGCGGGAUUCACGAGCUCCCGAACCUAGAAAUACCCUCCGAGCUUCCUGAUACCGCCAGAGCUCAAGAGCUCCCCGGUCCAAUAUUUGACGACAUCAUGGAAAUGAGCGAGUCUCCUACCGAGGAGUUGUCCAUGGAAUCCAUGAUUCCUGAACAGGGCGUGCUCCAGGCAUAUAAUACUGCCUUCACACGCCAGAUGGAGGCCUCCCACGAUGAGCUUCCCUCGACCAAUGGUCUGGAGUCUGCAUUUCAGCAUCCGCACCAGCACCAGCACCAGCACCAGUUAUUUUGGUUCAUGCAGCAGUUGCAGGAGCAACAGGCCCCACAACCUCAUCCUGGCCUGCAGGCUCCUCCUGCGAGCCAUGAGGGGAUGGAUAUGACUGGCGGUUCUAUGAGCAAUCGCGGCAGCUUCUCAAUCCCUCCGGUACACUCUGGUUGCCAGCAGGAGAUUUCAUCUCCCGGUUCAGAUCAUAUCAGCAGUCAAACACGGAAGGAUUCUGGGGAUUCUGCAUACUCCGAGGCCUCAAGUGUCAUGGUGACACUUGGGCAAACUCCAUCGCCUAGCUCUGCGCAACAGCGCGGUCCCAGUGCAGCACAUCUUGCUACCUCGGCAUCUCCACCAGCUCAAAUACCAACAGCUUUCAGUGCGGCAGCCCAGGCUGUCGGUGAUGAAGACAUCAGUUGCUGGUGGCCAGAUUGCAACUACCGCCCCACUGGACGCAGAAGGGAGAAACACCCCAACUACCUGCGCAAGCACAUCGACAACACGCACUUUCAUCGAUACCGAGUUCGCUGUCCAGGUUGUGGCGACUGGUUAAGCCGCAGCGACAACCUCAGGGUGCACCAAGAGACGGCAUGUUCUCGGGCACGGUCUUUAGGUGCACCGUAUCCACCUCAUCACUCAGCGAGGCGAUCUAGAGUAGCACAGAGGAGGGAAUGGGGCGGUGGUUGGCAGGGGGAGUACUCUGUAAGGACUUGA